GUUUGAUCACACUGCAGAGGGAGUACAGCUAUGGGGAACGCACAGGACAAGCCCCCGGGCAGCGGAGGAGGGGGAGGUAGAUUGGAUCAUGCCACUGCAGGGAGCGGGACGACAAGCCGGGGUCGAGGCAGUGCAGAAAAGCCUCAAACUCGGAGAGCUCCAGGGAAGGGGUUGGCGAAUGGCUCUCAGAGAGAAAACAGCCCUGCUGGUGGACAAGGGGAGCAGGGCAGCCCUGCAGUGGACACAAGUUAUCUGGACGCUCCUGCGGGGGCCCUUCCUCCUCACCUGGCCCGGCUCAAGAACGCAGGGAACCACUUAUUCAAAUACGGGCAGUUUGGAGACGCCUUGGGGAAGUACACACAGGCCAUUGAUGGAUGUGCUGAAGCAGGCAUUGAUAGUCCAGAAGACCUGUGUAUCCUCUACUCCAACAGAGCAGCCUGUCUCCUGAAGGAUGGAAACAGCACAGACUGCAUACAAGACUGUACCAAGGCUUUGGAGCUGCAGCCCUACUCCUUGAAGCCCCUGUUACGCAGAGCUAUGGCCUAUGAGUCACUGGAGCGCUACAAAAAGGCCUACGUGGAUUAUAAGACCGUCCUGCAGAUAGACACCAGUGUGCAGGCAGCUCACGACAGCGUCCACAGGAUUACCCAGAUGCUUAUUGAGGUGGACGGACCUGAGUGGAGAGAGAAUCUUCCUCAGAUUCCCGCCGUCCCUUUCUCCGUCCAGCAGCAACACAGAAACAAACCGAUCAGCGCAGAAGUAGCUCAAGCCCGAGCCGCAAGAGCUGCACAAGCGGAAGCUACAAGAAAAGAUGCCCGAUUCACUUUACUGAAACAGGAAGGCAACGAUCUGGUGAAGAAAGGCCUCUUCCAGGAGGCUCUGGAGAAGUACAGUGACUGUCUCACAUUAAAACCUGAAGAAUGUGCUCUCUACACUAACAGAACAAUUUGCCUCCUUAAACUGAGUCGCUUUGAAGAGGCCAAACAGGACUGUGACUCCGCGCUGCAGCUGGAACCGGGCAACAAGAAAGCCUUCUACAGGCGAGCCCUGGCUUAUAAGGGUUUACAGGACUACCUGUCGGCCAGCAGUGACCUCCAGGAAGUCCUCCAGCUGGACCCGAAUGUUCGGGAGGCCGAGCAGGAGCUUGAGGUGGUGACGAGCUUGCUGAGACAGAGCCUGAUGGACAGCACUGCACACACACCAAGGGUGUGAUGUUUGUGGAGGAAUAUAGAGGCCGAGGAUUGAAACAGGUGUACUGUACUGAUGCAGUUAUGGAGGAAAAGGACUCUUAAAGCCAUCGACCGUAGUAAGUAGGACCUGUAAAAAUUUUAAUGACUGGCGUUGACUUUUGGGACGGCCAGCUGUUCAGCUCUGCACCAUCUGCAAUGUGUGCAAACCGCACCAUAACUCCUGAGUACACAACCUUACAUAACAGGCAGCUUUAUUUAAAAAGGCUAAAGUCAAGGUACUCUUGACCUGCUUGCACUAUAAAUCAUUCACAUUAUGAUGUAAUGUACUGUUGAUACAGAUUCAUGUUUUAUGGUGGAGUAACAUGGGGAAAGUAAGAGUGUAUUAUGUGUGCCUUAUUGAGAUUUCUACUGCAGUUAGAAUGAAAUACGCCAAGAUUAAAAGUUUUACUUUGAUUUGUUUUUAAAGAUGUUGUUUCGUUCCAAAAUAGUUCCCUGAGCUCACGACAAAAGCACCGACAGAAACUCUUCAACUCAACUGUAUUGUAUAUAAAGAUAUGGAGCUCCCAAAAAGAAAAAAAAAGGUGAAAAAGUCAUUAUCUGGUACAAUCUUUAUGUAUCCCAUGUUGCAGCUAUUCCAGCUGUUUGAAGAUAUUUCUCAUUGUUUACAUGUAUUAUCAGCUGCUCGGUAAUAAUAAAAAAAAAAGAUAGGCCAACAACUUACUAUGGAACAUUUCUACAUCUAAAAUUAUAAUUUAAGAAGUCAAAUAAUAAUUGAACACAGAUAAAAUAUCCCCUGAGCUCAGUGCUUCAGUAAUUGUUACAUAAAUUGUCACUUAAUUGAUUUAGUAAAUAUCCAGCAACUGAAUUUAGCAUCAUGUACUGUAAGACUUAUUGUGGGUCUCAGGUUCAAUCUUGAAUGUAACCAAGAUGAGUGUGUGUAUCUUUGUGUGUGAAUAGGUGUACAGUAUUUACGUUUGGAAAGUCUCCUAUCAGAAUAUUAUAGUUUUAUUAAUGGCUUUUAACUCUGAACCCUUCGAUCUGUUAAUAGAAUCCCUCACAGCAAAAAAAACCAUACUUGAUAUUAUACAUAGUCAGAUCACAGGAGAAGUAAUCUGCAGGGUGGGGGAAUUACAGUUGAUAUGGCCCCAAGUCCAGUCUAAAUAAACUAAAACAGCUUGUUGUCUGGCGUCUCUCAACAAAAAGUAUUUGGGAUGCUGCAGGUUGAGAAACCACACGAUAACAAGCCCUACAGCCAUGACCCACAUACACAGGUACUUUCACUUUAUUUGCCUAAUUAGAGCUCCCCUCUGCUCUGUGUACAGACAGUGUACAGAGCUUGAUUGACAGCUACCUGUUUACAUUUUCACACAUUUUCACACCUGUUUGGGACGGACAAAUGAGACUUUUGUAACUCGUAUGACCACCUUACACCAAAUGAUCGAGAUCACGAGAGCGCACCACAACUCCAGCAAAACUCUCAUGAUUUUAUUCAGAAAUUUGUCUGCGACAGUGAAAUCGCUUGAAUAGUCGUUUGGUGUAAGGCCGGCAUUACCUGUUUGAGGGAGAAGUGAGAUUUUUAUCACUCUUAGUAGCAACUGAGUUUCGUUCCCUCAGUUAACUUCAAUAGGAGCAGAGGUCUAAUUAACUAACAUAACUGAAAAUACCUGUGUGGGUGUGCAGGGCAUUUAAAUAUAUUUAUUCUAAACACCCCAAGGCCCUAUAACACACACGCACAGAAAAAUCUUUGUAUAGCACAAUGUGCCACAACGUUUAUUUAAUUCAUACUUUAAUGUACUGAUACACUUUGAUCUUAUUCUACCUGUUUUUUCCCCUUGCAUUGUCUAAAUAAAAGCAUACAAAUCUCAACUAAAUGAAAACACUUGAUAUGAGGCUUGAAGUGUUGCUUCGUGGAAUGUAAGCAUGUACUGUAUGUAAAUAGUUUGAGUGUAAAUAAUAAACUGCUACGUGGAUGCUUUAA